AAAGUGGUAAAUAAUGGCAAUGGCAAUGGCAUAUCCUUGGAGGAGAUAAAUAAGAUGCUGAUACGAAUGCAAAAACCAGGUGGUGCCACGUGGGACGCUACCUGGCAAACAGGGAUCGCAUCUUCGCUUCGAACAACCAUCCUCCUCUGAAUCAGAGAAAGGGGGGGAAAACAGCGUCUAUGGCGGUCGUCUUUUCCAAUCCAUUCCAAUAAUCUUCUUAGUUUCAUCGUUAUUUCGUACUCCUUUUGUCUGGGGAUGGUCACUCUCUACCUCGGACUCCCCAAAUUCAGUACCCUGCUGUAAACAGAUGGAUAGCCCGACGACGACGCAAAGCUCAGCUCCUAAUUCGUCACCAGUCUCGAAUCCUGGUUCGAAUGAUGAAACCCCACGUGUUAAAUUCCUGUGUAGUUUCUUGGGGAAUAUAAUGCCUCGACCCCAAGAUAGUAAGCUUCGGUAUGUUGGGGGCGAGACGAGGAUUGUGAGCGUUCCGAGGGAUACGACAUAUGAGGAGUUGAUGAUUAAGAUGAAGGAACUUUAUGAAGGGGCUGCUGUGUUGAAGUACCAGCAACCAGAUGAGGAUCUUGAUGCUCUUGUGUCUGUUGUGAAUGAUGAUGAUGUGAUUAACAUGAUGGAAGAGUAUGAUAAGGUGGGUUCGGGAGACGGGUUCACUAGGCUCAGGAUAUUCUUGUUUUCGCAUCCUGAUCAAGAUGGUUCUUUGUCGUUUGUCGAUGGCGAUGAGAGGAAUACCGAGAGACGAUAUGUGGAUGCCCUUAAUAAUUCAAAUGACAUUAAUGAUUUUGUUAGACAGCAGCAGCCAGAUUCCCCUGUAAUCAAUGGCAUAGACGAUGUGCACGGGUCAGAACAUUUUUUGAAUCCGUUGAAUAUCGAAGGUAGUCUUCACUCCCAGAGGAGUUGCGAGCCGUUGUCACAAUAUCACCUGCAUCAGCUCACAAUUCCUCAUGUUGGAUCUGGGCAGCAACAACAAUCUGUAACUCAAAGGUAUGGUGAAAUGGAAGCUCCAUGGAGUCCUGCUUUACUUUCACCCAGGCAUCACGGUCCGUUUGAUUCAAGACCAGUCAGCGAAUAUCCAUCUUCUCCAUCCGCACGGUACCGUAUGCCAUUCCCGGAGUUCCCAGAUAAAUAUUUGGAAAGAAUGCCUGAAGACUAUGCGAGGCAGCAAAUGACUCACCAACACAUGUAUGAACAUCAACCGCUAUAUAACGAGAAUGUUGUCUGGAUGCCAAAUGGAACAAUUACUGAAAAGUCAGGUUUUCCGGGUAAUAUAUUACACGGACAUGGUGUUCCUGAUGCGAAUAGUUCUUGUGAAAAGUGCCGAGCCAAUUUCCAUCGGUAUCAAACACCCGUGGAGCAAGCUACGAUGUUAAAUGGACUUCCUCCUGAAUACCCUCAGAAUAGGGAGGCCCUGAUGCAAAAAGCCGACAUGAAGUUUCGUCAUGGUAAUUUCCCAAAUGAGCAAAAUAUUAACGAUCAUCGACCUGCUUAUAAUGACACACCUCCCCACGAGAGAGGAUGGAUUAUGCAGCAUCAGAUGAGUGUUCGGGGGGGUGACACGAGAGCACAUGUUUCUGGAGUGGGACGAUUGAAUGAUCACUACAUUGUGGAUGGUUCUGGUUCAAAUUUUCCUCCUACACAAAGUAAUGUAACUGAUGGCUACCAUGCUUCCCCGAAUUUUCAUGAUGAGGUGUUUCGUGACCCAGUUUUGCCUAGCGGACCGCAUAUGUGUGUUCCUCCUGCUGAAGAUCGUGGCGUUGGCUAUAUGAAUAUGUCGUAUGGAUAUGGAGGAGAUCUUCCGAUGGCACACAGGCAAAUCCCGCCUGGAAAUGCCUUGUGGCGAAAUGUUCAGAAUCCAUUGCAUAUUUCUCCCCCUUAUGAUGGAUCCGUUUCCCUUCAGCACGGGAAUGCUACUGUAAAUCCGGGAUAUAUCAGAGGUAUGCAGGAGGGUAGUCCACGGAUUCAUAUCGGCAUGGACCACCAAAAUCCUUGGAAUGAAUCCUCACAAAAAAUGUUGGGUAUCGACGGAGCAACUGGUUCAGAGCAUUUACCUCCGCAUGUUUCGAAGACUAACUCCACUAUUAUGGAACAUAUCCUACCACAUCUAGAUAAGGUAAACCUGGUCGACUCGUCUGCGCAGUGGUCGGAUUCUUCUUCAGGAUUUGUUCAUGAAAAAGUUGUUGCACCGUUUCAUUCUAGCCAAAAUCCACAACCGAGUGCGGUUAGUGUGGUUAAUGAAGCUAUGAUGAUGGAAAGAAAAAUUGUGCCUGUAGAAGGAGACAGACACGUCGUAACCGAUAUGGGGAAAGUUGACAUCGCCGAUGUACACACUGUUUCUCAUCAAGAGCAGAAAAACACUGAUGAUACAUAUUCCAAGGUCGCACCCCCUGAACUGUUAAAUUCAAAUUGCAUGAACGAUGCAGUAGAGAACGGUGAUAGCUUGGAACCGGCCGAGGAGACUCUAGAAGAGCCAAAACUUUCUGUCGACCGUCUGAGAUUUUUACCCGAGUUGAUUGCAUCUGUGAAGCGAGCAGCAUUGGAAGUAUCUGAAGGGGCAAUGAUUGAAGAAACAGCUUCAGGGAGACCUGAUUCAAUCGACAAAAAAGAGGCUGCAAACGAGAAUGCGCACGAGAAACCCGAGUUGGAAACUGAGAAUGACAAUCAAAGCUCUGGAAUUGAGCCAACAAAGGCAGAAGCAGAAGCAAUAUCAAGAGGAUUACAAACGAUUAAAAACGAUGAUCUGGAGGAGAUUCGUGAACUCGGGUCGGGAACCUAUGGUGCUGUUUAUCAUGGGAAAUGGAGAGGUUCGGAUGUCGCAAUAAAGAGGAUCAAAGCUAGCUGUUUUUCUGGUCGGCCCUCGGAAAGGGAACGUCUGAUAGCGGAUUUUUGGAAGGAAGCUUUGAUGUUAAGUUCUUUACACCAUCCAAACGUUGUCGCCUUUUACGGUAUCGUUCGUGAUGGACCUGAUGGGUCCUUAGCAACAGUAACAGAAUUCAUGGUGAAUGGAUCGUUGAAACAAUUUUUGCACAAGAAGGACAGGACCAUCGAUCGUCGUAAACGACUCAUUAUAGCGAUGGAUGCUGCAUUUGGGAUGGAGUAUUUGCACGGGAAGAACAUCGUACAUUUCGAUUUGAAAUGUGAAAACCUUUUAGUGAAUAUGAGAGACCCUCAUAGGCCUGUUUGCAAGAUUGGUGAUUUGGGAUUGUCAAAGGUGAGACAACACACGUUAGUAUCGGGAGGGGUUCGCGGAACUUUGCCAUGGAUGGCACCGGAGCUUCUUAGCGGGAAAAGUAAUAUGGUCACAGAGAAGAUUGAUGUUUACUCGUUCGGGAUAGUUAUGUGGGAACUGCUCACGGGAGACGAACCAUAUUCAGAUAUGCAUUGUGCUUCUAUAAUCGGAGGAAUCGUGCACAAUUCGUUACGUCCAGAAAUCCCGACAUGGUGCGACCCAGAAUGGAAGGCUUUAAUGUCGAGCUGUUGGGACUCGGACCCAGCAACGAGGCCAUCAUUUUCAGAAAUCUCUCAGAAGCUAAGGAACAUGGCAGCUGCAAUGAAUGUGAAAUAGUUGUAACCUUGAACACAACCCAUCCACUGUUCCCAUUCAUAGGCUAAGCCAAGAAUUGGCAAAAAGGAGACUUUUUAAAUGAUUGAAAGCAUAAUUUUUGCAACUUUUAGGCCACUUGCUGGUUCUCACAAAGUGUAAGAAGGCUAUUAGAUUUGAAGUCAUUCUCUUGUGGAACCCUUUUCUUUAGGCUAUUACCCUACAAACUAAGGUCAUUGCAUUGCUGGGAGCCCUACAACAAGUACAGAUAUGAGGAGAUAUCCAUGAUAUGCAAUGCGAAUGAUUUCACUUGGGAUUUUGCCGUUCGAAGCGUACGGUAUGGUACGAUACAUAUAUAUAUAUAUAUAUAUGUUGAUUCUGCUAUAGUUUUCUGGGAAACCUGUUGUUUUUGUUUUUCCUUUGUUAUUUUUCACUUCUGUGGUGGGAGUUUUUGUAAAUAAAAGAGAGUUGGGGGAUGAAAUUGAAAAGAUCAUGUUUGGUGAAGGGAAUGAUACUGCUACAAGUCUACAGUGUUCUUCCAUGGAUCUGAGAUGAAACUUAAUUAAAUUUAUUAUACAUAUAAGUUUUGAGUUUUGAGAA